AUGGUGACAUGCUCAAACCUCCCAUUUGAUGAAACACAAUGGAUCAUCCGGAUUCGUCGAAUCCUUGAAGAGGAGAUCGAGCUAGAAGAUGACCAGCCCAUCUCCAUCUUUCAUGUCCUCAAGCCCCUGUUGUGCACUAAGCCUGAAGCGUAUGUGCCUCAGCUGGUGGCCCUGGGUCCUUACCACCAUUGCCGUGAAGGACUCCGUGACAUGGAGAUGUACAAGCUCUCGGCAGCCAAGAGAGCCCAAAGCCACCUGACAAGUAUGAACUUCCAGCAACUUGUGGACGUCUUCGCCACAUUCGAGCACCGGAUUCGUUCUCACUAUCACAGGCAACUCAAUCUCACCAACGAGACACUGGCGUGGAUGAUGGCGAUCGACAUGUCGUUUCUUCUUGAGUUCCUGCAGACUUUCUGCGAGACCAAAAACCAGAGGACACUACAAAGGAUGCCCUCGAGGAUGUCGCAUCUGGUUGACCCAUCUCAUAGGACAUCUGUACACAGCAUGCUGCUACGUGACAUCGUGAUGCUGGAGAACCAGAUUCCGAUGUUUCUUCUCGUAAAAUUAGUCGAGAUGUGGUGCUCGUCAGGCCAUGGCGUGCCACGGCCUAGUCUGAGCUCCAUUUUGUCCGGGUUCUUUCAGGAGGUCUGCUUGCUCAAGGGGAUAAGCUCUCCAUGCACCGACGCCACACGACACGCCCACUUGCUAGAUUUCCUAUACUCUAACAUGUUGCCGUGUGAUUGUGUGGAAGAGUCGGAUGGUGGAACGGAAGAAGCCGGAGAUGGGUUGAGUGACCACCCGCAGAGAUCGACUAUGAGUUCAAUAACAGAAUUGCUCGUGAAGCGUGGCUUGAAGUUGGCGUCGUUGGUGACAGAUUUCAUGGUGAGGAUGUUUCUAAAGUUCCUAGCCACUCUUCCAUGCCUGUCAAUGGUGAGGCAACCCAUCGAGCAGCUAGCUACUCAACGAGGCGCCCUUGAACCCAAGGGUGCAUCCGAUGUUCAGAACAGAAACAUAUCACCUCUGCUCGAGGAGAUCGCGGUGCCUUCUAUCUCCGAGCUCGCCUAUGUGGGUGUCACAUUCACCCCAACAACCGGUGGCAUCUCCACGAUCGAAUUUUGCGCGAGAACCGCGAUGCUGCACCUCCCGGUGAUCAGCAUCGACAUGACCACUGAAGUCGUCCUGCGGAACCUGGUGGCCUACGAGGCAUCGAUCGGCUCUAGGGCACUGGUCUUCGCGCGGUACGUCGAGCUCAUGAACGGGAUCAUCGACACCGACGAGGAUGCCCGACUGCUGAGGGAGCACGGGAUCAUAUUGAACCACCUCAAGAGUGACCAGGAAGUGGCCGAGCUGUGGAACGGGAUGACCCGGUCGGUGAGGCUGACGAGGGUGCCGGCUCUGGACAGAGUGAUCGACGAGCUUAAUCGGUACCAUGGGGCCUGCUGGAAGGUGAGGGCCGGGACGUUCGUGAAAGCGCACCUUCUUGGCUCCAGGGACAUGGUUGCUUGCGCCAUGAUGGUUCUUCUCUUGUUGUUCGUCGGCGUCCAAGCUUUCUGCCUAUCUCGUGGUUGCCUCAUUUCUUGGCGCGGGAUGGGCAUGGUCAGGAGAAGAAAUGUUUGUAACAUCCUCAAAAAUUGA